AUGCGAUGCCGUUUAAAAUCAUGUUUGAAGGUGAAGGCCAUUCCUCCAGAAUGUGACCCGGACUACAUCUUACUCCAAGAUGAGUUGAGCUGCUUCAAGGAUCUGUUCAAGAUCAACAUCAGCCAGGCUGACUCUCAACAACCAGAGUGCCGAGGUUUGUGGGACCACCUGAACUGCUGGCCUCAUGCUGAUGUGGGAGAGACUGUGUCACAGCCAUGUCCCAGAUUCCUCCGCACCACAGGCAGAGUAUACAGGAACUGCACAGAGCACGGCUGGACUGAACCGUUUCCUCCACAUGAGAUAGCCUGCGAGUAUGCCUUUGAGACCCUCACCUUCCCUUUUGAGGCACCCAGGUCCAAUGGGUACUUCCUCUAUGUGCAAGUCAUGUACUCGGUGGGCUAUGCUAUCUCUACUGCGUCUCUUACCAUCGCCACUGCCACACUCUGUCUGUUCAGGAGGCUCCACUGCACCCGUAACUACGUCCACAUCCAACUGUUUCUCUCCUUCAUCCUCCGAGCCACCUUCAUCUUCAUCAGAGAUGCUGUGCUCUUCGCCUCUGAUGACCACUUCCACUGUGACUCCUAUCCGGUCAGCUGUAAGAUUGCAACAACGUUCUCCAACUACUGCAUCAUGGCCAACUACAGCUGGCUGCUGGCCGAGGGACACUACCUGUACAGCCUGGUCAGUGUCUCCCUCUUCUCCCAGAAGAGGCACCUCAGGUGGUACAUCGUCCUGGGCUGGGGUUCCCCAAUGGUCGUUAUAGUAGCCUGGAGUUUGGCAAAAUAUACCCGGGAGAAUGAAGGGUGCUGGGAGAGGAGGGGACACGAGGGGAUCUGGUGGAUUCUCAGAGUUCCUGUUCUCCUCUUCAUCGUUGUUAACUUGCUGUUUUUUCUGAGUAUCAUAAGAAUCCUGGUGGCCAAGUUGAGGACCCAGGAAAUGCAUAGAAAUGAGUUGAACCAGUAUAGGAGGCUUGCUAAGUCCACCGUUCUCCUGGUAUCUCUCUUUGGUUUGCACUACGUCCUCUUUGCAUUCCUCCCACAUAAAGUCAGUGAAAUAUGGAACUUUAUCGAGCUGGCUUUUGCUUCCACUCAGGGGUUUGUAGUAGCAGUUCUAUACUGUUUUCUGAAUGGAGAGGUUCAGUAUGAGGUUCAGAGGAGGUGGAGGCGAUGGAGGCUAAAGCAGCAUCUACCUGGGGAGGCCAGGUGCCAACAUGGCUCCAUGAGUCAGAGUGUAGGGGCCCAUACCCAGGUCUCCUUCCUGACCCGGGGACCCUCCACACGCCAUUCUAGUCUGGUGUAGCACAUCCAGUCACUCCUCACUACCUAUACUGUACCUACGAGGCUUUGUCAAUGGAUAGGUGCCAUGUGUGUUCCACAGUCUAUCUGUGACAUUCUGACAUUCCUGUUUGACUCUUGAAGGAUGAGGCCUCCUUUUCUUUUUUUUCUGUUGAGUGUAUAUGAUCUUUGACCGGCAUGGCAUUUAGUGACAGGACUGGAUCUUUGGUUGUGGGGUCAAAACGCUGACAACCUUUCUGUG